AUGAAGUGUUCCCUGAAGGUCCGUCUGGCUGACGUCACCAGGGAGACGGUCCAGAAGAGUGUGUGUGUCCUCAGUCAAGUGCCUCUGUACGGUCUCCUCCAAGCUAAACUACAGCUCAUCACACACGCCUACUUUGAGGAGAAAGACUUCUCACAGAUUUCGAUAUUGAAGGAGUUGUAUGAACACAUGAACAGCUCCCUGAGAGGGACAGCUCUAGAGGGAUCCCAAGUGUUCCUGGGUAUGUCACCAAGAGAUUUAAUACUGCACUUUCGACACAAGGUUCUGAUCCUCUUCAAACUGAUUCUGCUGGAGAAGAAGGUCCUGUUCUACGUGUCUCCAGUCAACAGGCUAGUGGGAGCUCUGAUGACCGUACUGUCUCUGUUCCCAGGUAUGAUAGAGCACGGCCUGGCUGACUCCUCCCACUACCGGCCGAAGAGCAGCGUCUCCGAGGAUAUCACACUCGGAGACUGUGUGUCUGGGGCAGAGGACUUGGUCUCUGUUUCCGUCACUGACAUCACCAACGCCACCGUGGAGCUAAUGGGGGAGGAGGGCUUCGGAGACACCACCUCCACAGUGAAGGCUUCACAGAGGACAUCGUCUUCCCCAGAGACCUCCACUAGGGAGAACACCCAGCUGAAGCCCCCCUCCCGGACUUCCCCAGACUCCUCGGAGAGCGACUGGGAGACACUGGAUCCCAGUGUUUUGGAGGAAGGGACUAGAGACUCUGAGACGGGGGGUUCAGGGGGUCUGGAGACGGGUAUCCCCAUCACGGUGCAGCCCCGGGGCCCGUCGGCAGGGCCAGGAGGCCAGGGAGCCGUCUCUCAGGGCUUGGUGUCUGGACUGGAAGAGGACCAAUAUGGCCUGCCACUCGCCAUCUUCACCAAGGGUUACCUGUGCCUGCCCUACAUGGCCUUGCAGCAGCACCACCUGCUGUCUGAUGUCACGGUGCGCGGCUUUGUUGCCGGGGCAACCAACAUCCUCUUCCGUCAGCAGAGGCACCUGAGCGACGCAAUCGUUGACGUGGAGGAAGCUAAGCUCCAGAUUGGGGACCCUGAGUUGAGGAAGCUGCUAGGCCUGACCACGGCCGACCUGCGUUUUGCUGACUACCUGGUCAAACACGUGACAGAGAACCGUGAGGACGUGUUUCUGGAUGGGACCGGCUGGGAGGGAGGGGACGAGUGGAUCAGGGCCCAGUUUGGACUCUACAUACACUCCCUCCUAUCCUCUACCUUACUAGAAGAUAAUGAGAAGUUGCUAGCGGACUGGGGCGCUCCCUUCAUCUCAGCCUGGAGGACCACACACAACUACAGAGUGUGGUUCAUCAACAAGCACCCAGCCAUGGCCGAGAUCACCCCAGGUCAUCCAUUCCAAGGACAGUACAGUGCUGCUGAUCUGAAACUAAGAUUCUCACAGUGA